AUGCCGGGUUGUGCCGUAGCUAAUUGUAAGAAUUAUAAUCGGGUGACGAAAGGAUCAAACAUAAAAUACUUUCGAUUUCCUCAAAAUGAAGAGUUUGUAAAGCAAUGGGUGGUUGCAUGUCGGCGCCAAGAUGAAAUAAAUUUGAAAAAUGCAUGCAUAUGUUCCAAACAUUUUGAUGCUGACUCUUUUGAAAUUCCUCUACGACAUAAAUUGCUGAAAUAUACCUGCAAAACUAGUAGAUACUUAAAACCUGAUGCUGUGCCUACUUUACAACUACCAGGUUAUCACGACUCCAAUUUACAAAAUCAAGUAGAAAGAGUUGCACGACUGAAGAAGAGAAGACAACAUAAGGAUGUAGAGGACAUGUUAAGAGCAAGUACCUCUUGCAUUUUAAAUCCAAUACAGAUAUCAGAUAACGAUGUUAAUAUGGAAACUGAAACAAGUAAUCCCACAACGUUACCUGUAGCUGAAACAGAAAAGCUAGUACUAAAAUUGGAGCAAGCCGAUAGGAAGACGACAAAAAGAAAAGCCCAGAACGAGAUGGUAGGAUUAAGUGGGGAUAACGACCUGAAAACCAUAAAUAUAAGACAAUUGAGGAGAAGAGCGCCAGAGAGAUCUGAAUGGAAGGACAUAACCAGAUAG